CCACGAAGAUCAGUUGGCGGUUAGCAUUGGUCCGGGGAGUAUUGUCGUUUUGAUAACGGUGUCGUGGCAGUUCAGUGCGAAUAAAGAGGAAAUAAAGAGAGGACCUUACAUAUAGUUUCUUUAAAUUACUGUUAAUCACAUUUCAAUCGCAGUAAGGCGGUUGUAAUAAAAAACUAAUAAAAAAUAUAAGUAAAAAGAGAAAACAUCUCAAAGCAAAAUGCAAAGCCGCAAAUUGGACCUCUUUACGUUAGGUGCUGUGCUGGCGCUUUUUUCCGUUGCAACAGCACAAAAAGAAGACUUUCAAUGUCCCUCCACUGUAGCGAAUGGCAAUUACGCAGAUCCGGUCACUUGUCGGCGCUUUUAUCAGUGCGUCGAUGGCUUCCCCUACAUAAAUCGUUGUCCAUCUGGACUUUAUUUUGAUGAUCUACAAAAAUUCUGUACAUUCAAAGAAGAAGCCAAGUGUGGGCCAUUACCUACAACACCAUCACCGGCAACAGAUGCCCCGGCUGAUAUAGCGCAACGGUGCAAUACCGAAGAGUGCCAAUUGCCAUAUUGCUUCUGCUCCAAGGAUGGUACACAAAUUCCGGGCGGUUUGGAUGCGGAAAAGAUUCCACAGAUUAUUUUGCUGACUUUCGAUGGCGCUGUCAACUUGAAUAACUACGAUCAUUAUUUGAAAAUCUUCAAUGGCAAGCGUAAGAAUCCAAAUGGCUGCCUGAUUCGUGGCACAUUCUUCAUGUCGCAUGAAUACAGCAACUACCAACAAAUUCAACAUCUCGGUUAUGCCGGACAUGAAUUCGCCACAGAAAGUAUCUCCCAACAACAAGGGCUACAGGACAAAGGCUACGAGGAAUGGGUUGGCGAAAUGAUUGGCAUGCGUGAGAUACUCAAGAGUUUCGCCAAUGUAUCCGUCAACGAUGUGGUCGGCAUGCGUGCGCCAUUCUUGAAGCCUGGUCGCAAUACACAAUACAAGGUUAUCGAAGACUUCGGCUAUAUCUAUGACAGUUCAAUCACAGUGCCACCAGUCAGUGUGCCCAUCUGGCCAUAUACACUCGAUUUUAAAAUCUCACAUGAAUGCAAGAGUGGCACGUGCCCAUCGAAGAGUUUCCCGGGCGUUUGGGAGGUCCCACUCAACACUCACUAUGUCGAAGGUUAUGAAGGGGGUCACUGUCCUUACCUAGAUCAAUGUGUACUCCAUAAUUUGGAUGAGGAAGAGGUAUUCGCUUGGCUGCAAGAGGAUUUCACACGUUACUAUGAACAGAAUAAGGCGCCCUACAUGAUGCCAUUCCACACGAAUUGGUUCCAGACGAAACCAUUGGAGAAUGGUCUGCAUAAAUUCCUUGAUUGGACACUUGAACUUCCCGACGUCUACAUACUCACCAUCACCCAAAUGCUGCAAUACAUGACCGACCCCAAGGAGUUACGUGACGUCAACACCAUUGAAUCAUGGAAAUGUGAUAAGAGCGUUGCUGUUGCACCCAAACCAUGCAACAUUUGGAAUACCUGUGCGCUACCCUUUAAGAUACCCGAACAGAAUGUAACGGACACACGUUACAUGGAGACUUGUCGCGAAUGUCCCAAUGUCUAUCCAUGGUUGGGUGAUGCCGGUGGUACUGGCAUUUCCGGACGUGACAAUUAUAUUUUCUCAGGACCAGCGAGCGGCGGUGAGGAAGCUGAUGAUGCUGGCGGCGAUGAGGAUAACUAAUAUGUAUGUAAUAACGCCAGCCAAGUGUAGUGGAGUACAGCAGUAGGACGAAGUUGUAAAGGUGCGCUAAGCUAGUGUAAGCUGUUAGCUAAAAAGUUUCAAGGGUCAGAUGACAAGUGUCAACUGACAGCUGCUGUCAACUGUCAACUGUCAACUAAGUGUAAAGUGUUUUGUGUUUACAUUUUCAGUUUUAUGCUCGGUUUUUGUUAUCUCCUGGUGAUCAUAAAUGUGUACUCCACGUUUGUAUUUGUGUACAUAUGUAUGUAUGUAUUUAAGUAUAUACAUUUUAAUUUUAUUUGUUUUACAGCCAAUUUAUAGGAUGUGCCAAUUAAUAUUUACUUUUUUGCUUUCGGACUGCUUUCCUUAUGAAUAAUGCUCUUCCCAAGUUCAUUUAUUAUUUCGUUUUAUUUUUCUGUAGAAUUGUUAAUUAUUUCUGUUUGAAUUAUUUACAAAUUGCUUCACUUUCUAAAUACUCACAGUCCUUUAAACUGUUUUAGUGUUUAAGCCAUGAAAUCGUGUCAACCGUAGACAUUAAGCAAAUACAAAUCAAAUGGAAUUUUUAUAA